AACCUUUAGAACGAACUCUCGAAAUGGCAGCUCAAGAACCUCAACUCUCGGUAAAGCUCUCCCUCUCCGAACCAACCUACUACUUCACCAACCCCACCCCGCCAACUCUCUCCUUGACCAUCGAGUCCAAUCUCGACAAACCCAUCACAAUUUUCACAUGGUAUACGCCCUUCAAUCCCAGCCUAGGAAUGGUACAAGGCUGUUUCUCCAUCAUGGACCUCACAACGAACACACCUGUCCCUCAAACCAAGAUCCAAAUCCAGCGUGCCCCUUUCUCUCGUGCUCGGGGAUCUUACGAUGAUCAUUUGUUCUUGACCCUAUACCCGCACACGCCGACAGUGGUGUCGACGGGGUUUGGCCGCGGUGGAGGUAAAUUCCCGCCAGACCCGAAAGCGGUCGUGGAACGGGGUCGGGUGAGGGAUGAAAAUGGCAAAGAGUUGAAGAUUAGGACGAGUACGAGUGGCUGUGGAGUAGAUGGACUGGAAGGUGGACAUCGGUAUAGAGUUGAUGUUACGAGAAGCCCGUUGACGAUUGGGAGAUGGUGGUGGGGGACGAAGGAGGAGGUGAUGGUUGAGCCGGGAGGAGUGGAUUGGAAUAUCCUGCCAGGAGAGGAGAUUCCGUUGGAAGUUGGAUCGAUUGAAGGAGUUGAGUUUGAGGUUGAAUGGGGCCCCGAGGCUGGCGCUGGAGGUGUUUCUGAGGGUGGGGACGAGAAUUGAGGUUUGUAAUAGCUGAGGGCGGCAAACCCCGAGGAAAU